UUUAUGUGUAACCAAAUAAAUGAUAAAACAUUAAUAUUCCGAAUUCUAACACUAGAUUUACAAAAAUCAAAAUUAUUUUUAACAGCUAAAUUCUGUCUUUACACAGCCAAGUAAUUAUUAAACCGUGACAUAGAUGUACUUUAACAUGCUUAAGAUGAUAUGAGAUGUCACUGUGAAAAAUAAAUGAGUUUGGGGUUCUAUAAAGGUCUUAAAACGGCUUCGCACGCUAAAAUCCCUCAGUAGCUGCUUGUUGGCAAAUACGCAGUUCUGAGCACAUUGGUAAUUUAUUAACAUCAGGUUGCGACUAAGCGGAGUCGGCCAAACGGGAUGGUCGAAGUAGAGCCCGUUUCGGAGAAAUGGCUAUAGGAACAGGUGGAGAAGCAGCACGAGAGAGUAACAUAGGUUACGUCGUCUCCAACAUUCGUCUUGCGUGACAAGGCAGCAAAUUGCUUUUGAGAGCAUUAAAUUAAUGCCCACGACAUAUCUUGUACGGAGCAGGGAAUCUUCCACGUAAGAAGACACGCCGUCCGGGACACAUAUCGAUCCUGAACAUGUUCAUAAAUACGUAUUCCCGAAUAGAUAUAGCAUACUAAUACCCAUACUAAUAUACUGAUAUUAAUUAAACAAUCGUAAUUCAAAAUAGUUUCCCCGACAUCUGCAUCGUCUGAGUGUAGAGAAACUAAUUUGCAAAUUAAUAUUUCUGCAUUUCAACGAAAUAAUACUCUUUUAUUCUAUUUAAGUCGCUAUAGUGCGAUUAUUAUCCUCACAACUAUUCUUAAGAAGAUACAGAAGAAUGUUCUUAUAUGUAUUAUGACAUUUAAUAAAUAAACUAUUAAAUGCGUAAUAUUAUAUGUGGUAUCUGUCAAGUUUCAAGUUUAAUUCAUGUUUCUGCCAGUCAGAUGAAUUUUCCAUCAUUCGGUUAUCGUUUUCCUCAUAUCUUAAACUUUGCUUUUAAAUUCCACAAGAUUUAAAUGAUAGCUAACGACGAAAGUAUGUAUUUUUGAGAGUCAUUAUAAAAAUUCUUUCGUCAUUCAGAUCUUAAUAAAGAUCUUCCUUCUUUUACUAUUCUACUAUACUAUAUAUACAAUCAUUUUGAAAUCCAUGUCGUGACAUAGUUAUGUGUCUUAAUAUUAUUUAUUAACGUAUGAAAGAUAUCAAUGUCUUACAGAUACUCAACGAGUUAUACCAAGGAAACAAAUUGGAGCACGAUUAACCUACAUUUUUGCACGUUAAUUUUUCAAACGCCACAUUGAGUAUCAAACAUCCUACGCAACCAUCUGCCCUCGUGAAAAUUUUCCCGGUCUCGCAAUAGAGAUUUUCAUAAUGUAUAACAUCUCCCUUGUAUAAUAUCCCAUAGGAAACGAAGACUUAUAUUCCCCCCGGCUCGAUAAAGGAUGAAGCACCGGUUUUCGUCUCGUCUCCGCGAUGAGAAUAGCACGUGGUUUGUCGUAAUGUUCGCAUAUACUUUUAUAUUCAGCAUGUACUUUUAUAUUCAGGUAAAAAAAUAAUGAAAUUCAUUAAAUACUGUAAUCUGAAGGAAAAUCAUUUUUGUUUCGUAAUACGCAGGAUAAAGCUAGCCAUCAAAACACAGAACUGUGUUAAUAACACUAUAAAAUUAUAAAACCGUAUAAGAUUUUAUAUAUGGGGAAAAGAACAAAUUUCCUUUUCAACAAGCGAAUUUUCAAUAAGUGAACAAACAUCUGCAUUGUAGCAUGCUAAUGUCUCUGAUAUCUUUCUUUCUAUUAUACGAAUUGAUAGUUCUCCUUUUCGCGAUUAACUUGUCAGGUGGCCGAUACCUUGGCAUCAGUAUGUAAAGCGCAAUGUUUCUGCGUGCAGUAAGAUUUCCCGAGGGACUCGUGACUCAUCCAUGAUAGAUCGACUUUCAGUAGUGCAGCUCGAAUCUACAUCAUUAUGACAAAGCAGCCGCAUCGAUUUCUUCGCCGAGAAGCGCGAUGACCGCCGAAAGUUUUGGAAACACCUACGUCGAAUUGAGGAAAGAUGAACGAGAUGGAGCAGAUUCCUGAGGGCUGAGACCGCGUGGAUCCUCGAGAUGACCGGUUGGAGGAUGCAGCCGACCGCCUCGGUGCUCGGCGUCAUCGCCAUUGUCUCCGUCAUGAUCACUAACACUGCGUCAGAUGCGAAGAGCGACGACGUCGAGCGUGGCGUCAAUCAUCUCGACGAGGAGGAUCGGCACUUCGACGAGAGGAUCGCGAACCGCACCGUCGAAAGUGCCAGCUGGUCCCGCGGCAACGACACGGCAGCCCUCGAGGAGGCCAUCCCCGCCUUCGCAGUCGAGUACAUGACUUCAACAAAGGAUUCGAUCUCGCUUGUAACUGUAAUGGAAGCUCAUCUGGAGAACACGUCGAAGAGAUACACGGACGACCAGAGGAUGCUUGUUCCGAAGAGGAUUGAAGCCUCGGAACAGGCAGAGGAGGUACUGACGACGUUGGAGCACGAAGAUGUUCGGAGGAUAAAUGAAUCGACGGUAGAAAAGUCCAAGGAGGACUGGUUGAUGUCAAUGGUAUCGGUGGAAGAGGCAGGCGUCACGGAAGGGAAAAAUGUGGAGGACAUCAGGGCGAUCUCGUUCCUUGUACCACCGCUAGAGAAAGGGGAGGACUAUCAGGACAGUCGACAGCAGGAAAAGACGAACGUCGAGCAAAUGGACGAAACGAGUAAGUUCGGCGAAGCGAGGAAGAAUCAGUCGAGGCCGGCGAACAACCUGCUGCUGACCGGCAAGUCGACGAAGGCCUUUUACGAAAUAAAACCGUCGAUCAGGACGCUGGAAACGGACCGCGGUCGGGAGCACCAAUUUCAGGCGACCACCCACAGGACGCUGCUGGGCAGGAAGUUCGUUUUGCCCAGUGUCGACAGCGCCUUCGGGAAAUUUGGUCCGUACUUCGAGGACGGCGGUCAGGAGAUAAACGUCACCGCGCGGAUCGGCAGCACCGUUUUGUUGGACUGCAAAAUCGGCAUGCUGGGCGAUAAAAAGGUGACGUGGUUGCAGCACAACAAAGAAUCCUUUCGUCUGUUGACAGUGGGCAGAACGCUGUACAGCAAUGACCAGAGAAUCAGUCUUAAUUUUCGCUACCCCAGCAAUUGGAGACUGCAAAUCCUGUACGCGAACCCGCGUGACUCGGGGUUGUACCAGUGCCAAGUUGCUACGCAUCCGCCAAUGGUUAAGAAAGUAAACGUCAUCGUUACGGCGCCAGCUCUAACUAUCAGCGACGAUUCCGGGCGUAUAGUUUCGAAGGAGAGGCAUCUGAAGGCAGGCAGCAUUCUCAGGCUCAGGUGCGAGGCGAGAGACGUGCUCGAGUCGCUCAACGAGUCUGUCGUUUGGACCCGGGGAGACGAAACGCUCACUGAGGAUGUUAGCGAGAACAGGACGACAGAGAUCUCAGCGGGCAAGGAGGUCCUCGUGAUUGUCAGUACCCUCAUUGUGGAGAGAGCUAGCCCGAGGCAUGCCGGGAACUAUAGCUGCAUGGUGCCCGGCAAAGCCAAGACCAUCGUCGCGGUCCAUGUCCUCAAUGGUGAACUGCCAGCCGCUGUGCAUGACGGAAACGGAGUUUCAAGAGCGUUUCUUAAUCUUUGGCUAGUUCAUCUGACGAUGAGCUACGUCUUCACCAGAUGACAGUACUAAGAUCAUUUCAACAGCUUCAUCAAUUCGGAUGCAGUUUUACAACGCAGAACAGUGGACAUGAACAGUGCACAGGUGCGACAGGGAAGCUCGGUGCAGUGACACGGUGCAGAUUGUGCGCUUAUCAUCGAGAUUACGCCUCAAUCGGUGGCAAAUCGAUGCGCUUAAAAUCGCGCUGAAAAUCACAUGAUCCGAUCGCGGCGAGAUGGAGCAAUGUUUGACACGGUGGUGCACCACAUGCAUUUCCGCGUGGACAUGAAAUUUUAAGCAGCACGGAAAUUGAAGACUCGUGACGACGAUUCGAGAUAGUGAACAAAAAUCAGAACGGGAAGUUGUUCAAGUGAAACGAUGGUAGACGGAAGAUCACUCGCCAAGACAAAAAUUUACUGAAGUGGGCCACUAGUGUACAGUUUAAUUUACUUUCUUCUUGAGAUAAAUCGCGCGCGAGGAAGACUACGACAUUCUCUGCUCAUCGUCGCCUGAUGAUGAAAAAAAUCUGUGCGUCGAUAAGACGGGACGGCAAGAGCUGUGAUGGCGAAGUCAACAACAAGUCGCAGAAUAUGCUUUUUUUCAGAACUUUCUCCACGAUAAGAGAGAGAAUUUUCUUCUCUCGUAAGUAAACCUUUAUUUUUGCGAGAGUUGUGAUACCAUGCAAACGAGAUGAAUUUAUUUAGCAUAUUCUUCAUAAAUGUCGAACAGAUGCAAUCCUCCUGCUAUUGAGAAUGUAAUAAUACCGAUUCUCUCUCUUGCAUAUAUACUUUAUUAUUUACUUUAUAAUUGUUCAUAUUAUGACACACAUUAUUGGAAUAUCUUUAACAAACUGUGGUAAGUUUGAGUAGUGUAAAUCUCUAAAAUAUUUCUGAUAUUUAAUUGUACAGUGUCAAUAUUUAUUCAUUUUGAUUUGUAAGCUAUAACUACUUUAAUUUACCACAAUUAAUUAAAAAUGUUAUAAAAUGUAUAUACUUAUUGUUAGUUCAGGUUAAAAUUCAGGUAAAAUAUUUUCUUCUCUCGAAAGAUUUAUCAGAAUCUUUAAUUUAUGCACAUCACUCAUUUUUAUCAUUAUCAUCAGCAAAUAACGCGACAGGAAAUUCCGUAUACUUUGCCAUCGCAGGCUGAAACAGAGAGGGAGAGAUAGAAAACAGUUCACAGUAAGCAAGAAACUAUUUCCCAUUGUCUCAUAGCGUAUUGUCAGAUUUGCUUCGAGUGAAUAGAUUAUUCUGCUUCGCUUGUUUGUUAAUUCUAAGUUAUAAAACGGAAAUUCAACUAAGUUCUGAUAAACGAUUUACAAAAAGACGAUUAACAAAGAUAUUUAUAUUAAAGAUGUGUUAAAAAUGUAUUCAGAUCAAAAGCUUUCCAACAUUUAUAAAAUGAUGGAAGUAUUUUUCUCUUUGAUUGUCAUAUCAAUUGUAUAUAUCACUCGUUUAUAUCAGCAAUCUUUACAGUUGCUUUAAGUUUAAAGAAAAAGUUAAAUAUUAAUUAAAAUAUUUUAAUUACAUUCGUGAUACUCACAUUUUCUAUUUAUAUAAAUCUAAAUUGAUCUGUUUCUUAGUAGAAGAAUUUUUAAAACAAACAAAGAUUCUGUAAAUUCUUUACAAAUAUUCUCGCUUUCAAAGUUUUCCGAUUUUAAAAUAAAAAUUUUCAUAAACAUUUUGAAAGAAAAAAGAAUUAAUUAUCUAAUAUAUUCGUUCGAUUCUUUGAUCAACGCCACUCUUAAGAAGUAAAGAGCCCUUCGUGUCAUGAGUAUUCGUGACUUGAGUAUUGGAAGCAGACGCGACUAUUAGUUUACUCAGGUCAGUUAUCGCGGGUUGAUCAAUGACCGCAAAGGACCCUUAAAUGUGUCGUCGUAGACGCGAGAGGAGGCUUCGUUCGAUGAAAAGACGCUUGCCAUGCUAUCUUUUCCCUUUGCCUCGCUCGAUCUCGCAAUUUCAUUCCGCGGUGUUCCCAGGCCCAAAAGUGCUUCUAUACUCGAAACCGCUGUGAAUUAUUUGUGCGCUACUCAGCCGUGCCAGAGCGAGCAGGGUGUAAGAGGGCGGAAAAGAGCAUGGGUGAGAGAAGCUGGACGAGUUACACACGAGGAAGCGCAGGCGAAACUAACGAACACGCAACACGACCGUAUGCUCGACCGAAUGAACUUGUAGAACAACCUCGUUAUAAGUUUUAGGCAAUAUAGGAGUCUGAAAGACGACCCUGAAGAGAUGUCCGGACUGAUACAAUCGUACGAGGUGUCCUGAAAUUGCUACGCUUUCAUUAGAUCCCUAUUCGAUGUAAUCAGAACAAGCUGUGUGAAAGUUUAUGACGAAGAGAAUAAAUAAUACAGAUGCAAUUAGUUUAUAGUUCAACUUCAAAAAUUUGAUUCAAGAUUGAGACAUUGUCAGAUGAUUAAUAAUAAUUUUCCCGUUUUUUAAAUGUCAGAAAAAUUUAGAUUAGGGAAAAAUAGAAUAACUCGUUUUCAACGACCCAAAUAAAUUUAUUUGGCUCGAUAUUAUUGAACGAUUCAGAGUUAUCAACGCUGGAACAGAAGGCUGCAAAAAACUGAUACCCUACAUUGGAAAAUUGUCAAUACUUGAACAAUGCACGUAGCAACAACACGUCCGUUUUAUUGCUCGCCAUGAUUGAUCUUUGUUUUCGAAACCAACAAUAAAUCGGUUAAUAGAGCCUAAUUAUUGCGA